CCAAUCAAACUGAAGAGGCAGAAGCAGCAAAAGAAACACAAAUGGCCACUUCCAAUCAAUCAAAAUCCUCAAACCUUUUCAAAAUCAUAUGGGAAGCUCUCAUCUUCCUAAUCAAAAACUGGCAAAUUCUUCUCAUUUUUGUCCCCUUAUACUUCAUCAACUUCCUCUUAUCCAUCUUCAAAUCCCUAUCUGUUAAUCCAAUCCUCACCAAACUUCUACAAAACAUCACCUCUCUUUCAAAACUCAAGCCUCCAAAUCCAGAUUUCUACCAAAUCUUCAGUGAAAUACUUACAGAGCUCAGAGAGAUCACAAUUCUUGAAAUAAUCUUCUUUGUCACAAUCUUCUUAUUCUCCACUCUCUUAAGCACUUCAACGCUGUGUUCUAUCUGCAUGACAUAUACUGAUAAAAAGCAACCAACACUGAAAGAACUGUUCUCUAAGUUCAAAAAAACAUGGAAAGGAACUAUGAUCACUCAAUUCUAUGCCACCAUUUUUACUAAUAUGUUUGUUCCUUUAAUCUUCUUGUUGACAGUUGGAUUGGCGUUAUUUUCAAUGAAUUCUGCUGGGUUUUAUGUUCUGAGCUUUAUUCUUCUUAUAUCAGCAGUGAUUCUAAAUCUGUAUUUAGCUAUGAUUUGGUUGCUUAGUGUGGUGGUUUCAGUGGAAGAUGAAGAAGGGAUAUAUGGGCUGGCUGCAAUAGUGAAAGCAACAGAGAUGAUGAAAGGGAGGAGGUGGAAAGGAAUAUCGAUUAAUAUUUUUAUCACUUCGAGUAUGGUUGCUUACAUGUUGCCAUUGAUGGAUCCUUCCUUAUCUGGAAUGAAGAAACUGGCGAUUAUUGGAGUAUUUUUUGCUGUUGCUGCAGUGAUGAAUGUGUUUGAUUUGGUUGUUGCAGUUGUUUUCUACUUUGAGUGUAAGAAAGGAGAUGGAGAAUUGAUGAUGAUGAAGAAGAAUCAAUCUGGGUUUGGGUAUUCUAGUUUGCCAAGUGAGGCACUUGCUGAUUCAGAGAAUCCAUGAGUGUGUUUUACUAUCUUUUAAUGGUGUGGUUUAUUUGCAGACUUUUUGGGAUUGCUGUUCUGUUUUUGUUUUUAGAAGAUGUGCUGAAGAGAAGAUGAAUAAUUUUUUUAAUAAAAUCUGGAUCAAAGUGUUUUGGAUGAACA